ACAAGGAGUUGCAGUUGUAAAGAGGCCUAUGGCAGCUGAAGAGAAGACCAUCACCCAGAAAGACCUCAGAGGAAGGGAAUGACUGUGUUCUCCAAGGCCUGCCUUUAGUGCUUUGUGUUGCAGAGGAUGGGAGGACUGGAGCACUCCUGAGCAACUUCGUCUGUUUCACAGCUGCUCCCUGAGUCAAAGACAAGCAGUCCUGGAACUGCUCUGGCCUUGCAGAAGGGAUCAGCUAGAGCACUUCCUGCAGGUCUAUUUAAUCUCCUUCCAAUUUCUCUCCUCCCUCAUGCCACUGACAUUUGAAAAUGCCUUCUGAUUCCUUCAGACAGCCUGGGGAAGGAUGACUGAUCCACCUUCAACUGGCCUUGCUGAAGUGGCUUCAUUGUUAUAGUCCCCACCUUACUCAUCUCUAUUAUCCUGUGCUCCCAGAGGACCUGCAGUAGACCAAAGUGAAUCUGGAGCAUGUUUCAGUUCCUAAGUACUCUUGUGAAGGUUUUGUUUCAUCUGCCUGUGAAAUUUCCAUCUGCCCUGCUGGUCCUUCUCACUUUGAGGCUAACAUUCAGAAGAACCUGUAAAACAAAGAAAAAAGUUAGACGGGGCAGUGCAGCAAGCGGCCCCACAAAUGGAGUCUACAGAGCAAAGAAUAAAUUGUAUGUGGUAUUUGUCCUAGUUGCAUGAAGGGGGCAGUCUGCUUGUAGCCAACCCCUGAGCUGUUCUGUAACCACAUCUGCUGAAAUAGUUUUGAGUGUCGACUGGCAAUGCCUGCACUUUGUCAAAGAGAACAUUUAAGGAAGUUCAGUUGCGGAAGUGCUAUGAACCGUGUGCUUCACAAGUACAGCCCCGAGGAGUCGGUCCCUCCUGGAAAGACGGUGUGCGUGCAUGUGUGCCCACGCGGGCAUCUCCACUCAUCGCAGGCUUCCCUCUAGGUGACCUUGGGCUGAGCUUCUCGUGCUUGUUUGGAGAGCUGUUGAUUUACAAUGCAGAUUCAUCGGUCCUCGCCUGCCUGUCACUGCCCCUCCUAAAUUUGGCCGGGAUGUAAGAGGCUGUUUGCUUUCUGAUGCCAACAGUGGAGAUGGCAGAGAGCCUUGCCAUGUGAGAGGCAGAGAUAGAGGAGAGGGGGCCAAAGAGGAACAAACUGUGCUACUCGUAUUGCUUCUUUUAGCUGAGGAGCACAGCUACGGGACAAUGUCAAUGCUUACUCCUGUCCUGCAGUCCCCGGAGGUGAAGGAGUAUCUGUCCAAGGGCGAACGCUUCAUCAAAUGGGAUGAUGAAACAGCAAAUGCUUCUCCUGUGAUUCUUCGGGUGGAUCCAAAGGGCUUUUACUUAUACUGGACCUAUCAGAAUAAGGAAAUGGAAAUUCUGGAUAUAACCAGCAUCCGAGAUACUCGAGUAGGGAGAUUUGCCAAAAUCCCCAAGUGCCAGAAGCUCCGAGAAGUUUUUAAUUUGGAUUACCCUCACAGCACCUUUCUGCUUAAGACUCUGACUAUUGUAUCUGGCCCUGACAUGGUGGACCUCACUUUCCAUAACUUUGUGUCCUACAAGGAGAAUGUUGGCAAGAGCUGGGCAGAGGAUAUUAUGGCCAUCGUUCGGAAUCCCCUCACAUACAACGCUUCUCGGUACACCUUCCUGGAGAAAAUCCUGGUGAAGCUGAAGAUGCAGCUUAAUGCAGAAGGAAAGAUUCCUGUCAGGAAUAUUUUUCAGAUGUUUCCUGCAGACAGGAAAAGGGUGGAAGCAGCAUUAAGUGCCUGUCAUCUUCCAAAAGGCAAGAAUGAUGCCAUCAAUCCAGAGGACUUCCCUGAGACUGUGUAUAAAACUUUCCUCAUGAAUCUGUGUCCACGACCUGAGAUUGAUGAGAUAUUUACCUCACACCAUUUAAAAGCAAAACCCUACAUGACCAAGGAACACUUGGCAAAGUUCAUCAACAAGAAGCAGCGAGACUCUCGCCUCAAUGACAUCCUUUUCCCACCAGCAAAACCUGAGCAGGUGCAGAGCCUGAUAGAGAAAUAUGAGCCCAGUGGGAUUAACAUCCAAAGAGGGCAGCUGUCUCCAGAGGGGAUGGUCUGGUUUCUCUGUGGCCCUGAGAACAAUGUGAUAGCGCUGGAUAAAUUGGUGCUGUACCAGGACAUGACGCAGCCACUCUCACACUACUUCAUCAAUUCAUCACACAACACAUAUUUAACAGCUGGUCAGUUUUCUGGUAUCUCGUCUCCUGAAAUGUAUCGCCAGACACUGCUGGCUGGCUGUCGCUGCGUAGAGCUGGAUUGCUGGAAGGGCCGUCCCCCGGAUGAGGAGCCGAUCAUCACUCAUGGGUUCACCAUGACAACUGAGAUCCUCUUCAAGGAUGCAAUCGAGGCCAUUGCAGAAAGUGCUUUUAAAACAUCUCUCUACCCUGUCAUCCUGUCCUUUGAGAACCACGUGGACUCGCCCAAGCAGCAGGCAAAGAUGGCUGAGUACUGCCGAACCAUAUUUGGAGACAUGCUGCUGACAGAGCCACUGGAAAAAUACCCACUGAAGCCAGGAGUUCCCCUGCCAAGUCCUAAGGAUCUCUUAGGGAAAAUCUUGAUUAAGAACAAAAAGAAACAAUCUGUAUCUGGGAAGAGGCAGAAUUCUUUGAAGAAAGGGAGGAAUGUGGAACCAGAGAUCAUUGAGCAGCCAGCCCCUAUGGAUGCUGAAGACACUGUUUGGGCAGGCGAUGUGGCUGAAGAGGAACCAGAGGAAGAGGAUGAACAGCUGGGAAACCUGGAUGAGGAGGAAAUUAAAAAGAUGCAGUCAGAUGAGGGCACUGCUGGUUUGGAAGUGACAGCGUAUGAGGAAAUGUCCAGCCUAGUUAAUUACAUACAGCCUAUCAAAUUUGACUCCUUUGAAGUCUCUGCCCAGAAGAACCGGAGUUAUGUCAUCUCUUCCUUCACAGAAUUAAAGGCUUAUGAUCUGCUAACCAAGUUCCCUAUGCAGUUUGUAGAAUACAACAAGCGACAGAUGAGCCGGAUUUACCCCAAAGGCACCCGGAUGGACUCCUCUAAUUACAUGCCCCAGAUGUUCUGGAAUGUUGGCUGUCAGAUGGUGGCACUGAACUUCCAGACUAUGGAUGUCCCCAUGCAGCAGAACAUGGCUCUGUUUGAGUUCAAUGGCCAGUGUGGCUAUCUGCUUAAGCAUGAAUUCAUGCGGCGUCCAGACAAGCAAUUUGACCCUUUCUCUGUGGACCGCAUUGACGUGGUGGUGGCAAGUACCCUGUCUGUCACGAUACUUUCUGGUCAGUUCCUCUCAGACCGCAGUGUGAAGACAUAUGUGGAAGUAGAGCUGUUUGGGUUGCCAAGGGACACAAAACGCAAAUACAGAACCAAACUGACCUCCACUGCCAAUUCCAUUAACCCUGUAUGGAAAGAAGAGCCUUUUGUUUUUGAAAAGAUCAUGAUGCCUGAGAUAGCAUCUCUAAAAAUCGUGGCUUAUGAAGAAGGAGGGAAGUUCAUUGGUCAUCGUGUCAUUCCCAUUAUUGCGGUGCACUCAGGCUAUCACCAUGUUUGUCUCCGCAGUGAAAGCAACAUGCCACUCACUAUGCCUUCUCUAUUUGUGUACCUGGAAGUAAAGGAUUAUGUUCCUGAUGCUUGGGCAGAUCUGACUAUUGCUCUCUCCAACCCAAUUAAGUUCUUCAGUCUGCAAGAUAAGAAGUCUGUUAAACUAAAAGAUGGCUCAGUGGAGAGGCUUGACAUGCAGAGGAACUUCCCAUCUGCUGAAAGUAACGGGAUACCAGACUCCACUGGGAAAUUCAGCACCCUUUUUGCAAAUGGACCUGCAGGAGCAGUGGCUUUGGCCAAGGAUGAAAAUGUGAUAGAAGUGACACAGAUUACAGAGCCUCAGACAGCCAGCCUCGCAGAACUGCAGCAGAUGAAGCUCUUUCUGAAGCUGCUGAAGAAACAGGAGAAGGAGCUAAAGGAGCUGGAACGGAAAGGAAGUAAACGAAGGGAAGAGCUGCUGCAGAAAUACUCUGUCCUCUUUUCAGAGCCUAUCUACCAUGGAGGCAAGAAAAGGGCAAUACACUCCAGGAAAACCCAGAAGAAGAGGAGUCUGACAACAGGUGAUGUUGGUACUACAUGUACAAAUCCUGUAGUAAUGGCAGAAAGCAUUGAUAGCCGAGUUUUGGAACUGAAAGAGAGGCUGGAGAUGGACCUCAUCCAGCUGGGGGAAGAACACUAUGAUGGGAUUCGAAGGAGGAAGGAGCAGCAUGCCACAGAGCAAGUUACCAAGAUAACGGAGUUAGCGAAAGAGAAGCAGACAGCUGAGCUGAAGGCGCUGAAGGAGUCAUCAGAAAGUAAUAUUAAAGAUAUUAAGAAGAAGCUGGAGGCCAAGAGAGUGGACCGAAUCCAAGCCAUGAUGCGGAAUACUAGUGACAAGGCUGCUCAGGAGAGGUUGAAGAAAGAAAUAAAUAACUCUCAUAUUCAGGAAGUGGUGCAAACAAUCAAACUGGUGAUAGAAAAAACAGCCAGGUAUCAGCGGAAACUGGAAGAGAAGCAGGCAGAUAAUCUGAGAGCAAUCAAGGAGAAAGAAAGCCAGCUUCAGCAGGAGGCAGUGGCAGAGUAUGAGGAGAAAUUGAAAAGUCUGAAUACAGAGGUGCAGGAGAUGGUGAAGAACUAUGCAAAAGUAGUCUUUCCUGAAGAGCCAGAGAUGUUGAAUGAAGCAGUUCUGAGCAUUCGUAAGGAAGAACAAGGCUCUACAGAGCAACUGGAAGAGAAGAUCCCUGUGGCAGAGGUGUCAAGGCUUACAAUAGCUAUGGCUGAGCCCCCAGAAACCAAAACAGAUGGUAAUAUUGAGGAAAGUAGAUUCUGAGAGAUGCUUCCCUUACUACUCACUGUUCCACUUCAGGAAUGUUUAUGGACAUAUAUAGUGAAGUUAAAGACCAGCUUGACAAACUACUCUCUCUCUCCAUGCUGGGAAACUCCUGAAAUUCUUCAGGGAUUUACUACUUUGGUAUUCUAGGUAUUGAAAGUAGGCUGAUGAGCUCACCUUCCGGAGCACGCGUCACUGUCUUCUACAGUCUUAGCACUAAUCUGACUCAGCAGUGAAGGGGCCUGUGGCUAACUACAAGCUAGUUGUUGACACUGAUGGCAAUGUCUACAUUAAUACCUGAGUCUGGGUUCAGACAACAAUUUUCAGAGCAAGUUCCCUCGUCAUUCAUCACAGAUCUGUUCGCAUCAUAGCAGUCUCAGAGCUAGAUUCCUUUGAACAAGCUUUAACUGAAAGACAUUCUACAAUAGCCUACCUAACAGGCUUCAACCAGCCUGUGAAAUACACAGAAGUAUAUAAUAUUAUAUAACAAUAACACCCUGUGAAAUAUACAUAAGUGUGGGUGUCAGGUGCUCAGCAGAAACUCUUGUCCCGUAAAGCACCAUUCCUUCUGGCAACACUACCUGCUAACAGACACAGCUUCUCUUUAUAGGAAGAAAGGUUGUUUUGAUAGAGCUUUUUAUGCCAUCUUUUUUUUGUCAGCAUACCACUCCCUUGCACAGCCAGUGUUGGCUUUUUAAUUUUUUCCCCACAAUAGUCAGAUGAGGAGAUUUUUCAGUGCAAUGGUAUCCAUAAAACAGCAUUUCCUUCUGUGGCAAUGUGCAUUACCAGCAUUCUAGCUUUUCCUCUUUCUUUCUUUUUAACCUACACUUAUCCCCAGGGGCUGAUUCUCACUCCUAAUUCUAACUUUAUAACUCUGACAUGUCUUCAGGCAAGUUCUUAGAUCUAGAUCCGGUACCUCCUGAAGACCCUGCUAGUCUUCAGCAGGCUUGUUGGACAAUUAUAAGGCAAUAAUACUAUGAGGAGUCUAAGAGACUUAGCCUUAGCAUUUACUCCUGCUAACACAAACACGCUUGCAGAGUUCUCACCUACAAUAAUUUGACAUUUUUAGAGCGUCAGUGAAACUUUUUCCCAUGGAGCUAAUUUAGCUCCAUAUUACAGGCUUAGCAUAACAGCACUUACCAAAAUUUCUAAACUGUUUGAAAAUAAUUGUGUUGCUUAAAGAGCCAGCCAGUUAUAUUGCCCAUAAGAGUACCUUGCACAGAAAGCUGAGCACAGCUCAUAAAAAAAUACAUUGAAUUAUCAGAAUGGUAGCAGAAAGAACAGCAAAAAACAGAAGCUUCUUUCACAGGCUGCCAUCCCAGUUAAUGACAACAGAGGGGCUCAGCAGUAAUCUAUAGAAUAUAUUCUUUGUUGCUGGGAAAGCCAGCCUCCUCAACUACCCAUGUUCUUUGGGGCCUGGAGGGGAAGACCACACACUAUUUCUGUUUGCCAGAGUACUGUUCACACCUUCCCCCAAAGCCUUAGUCACUUCCCAUUUUGCUAUGAAUUAUGCCCACCUGGGACUAACAGCAAUUUCACCCCGUUGGUGACAUAAGUCUUGUUUCACAGCCUGAUGCUGAAGGAAAAUUGCCCAGUUGUAUGACUUUAAAGGGCAAAUGGUACUCAGCCUCACUCAGCCCUAGCAGACACCUCUUGCUGUCUGUCUUCACUAACAUCAAAUCUUCCAGCAGAACACACUGGGAGGUCCAGGUUCCCAAUAUCAUGGCUUUGUCAGAAAAAAAGGAUAGGGUCCUCUUAGCUAUCUUUACACUUCCACUUUCUAGGACAGCAAAGCCUUAUUUUGUGAAUGCAGAACUUACAUCACUGUCCCCUGCCUCCACAUGUACUUUCUCUCACCUGUUUUAUGACCUUCUGCACGGAACAGCUUUGACACAGCAAGUUCUCACUCAUCCAGAAGGAAGGAACUGGAAACAUAUGGUCCAACUCUUUUCCUAGCACCAUGUAAGAUAGACUCUGUUUAUGGAUCCUAAAAAAGCAGAAAAUAACAAUAAUUCAGUACAGAGUAGCAACAUCCUGGCCUUCCUUAUACCAAGUCCUGAAAUAACAUUAGCCCAAGAACUGGAGUUUGGCCUGCCAACAUAUACAUGCACCAACUCACAGGGGCUUUGCAAAAUUCAGCACUUGUAUUCACCAGACUUCAUAAGGGGAGAGGAAGCACUGAUCUGACCAAAUGAAAAAAGACUCGUCUUUCUUCAGUUGUCCAUUUUGUCCAUAAGCAAGACAAUAAAAGUGGUGGAAGACGAUAUGCUUGGGGAUACAAAAGGAAAGGGGAACUGCCACUUUUUUAUUACAACUGCUCAUCCUGGCAGUCAGAUAAUAGAAGUCGAACCUUCCACAUUUUUAAUCUUUUCAAGUGUGUGUGUGUGUGUGUGGAGGGGGAACCACAGAAAACAAAACACUGCUGUACAUAAUCCUGGACCUGCAGUUGAGCAGAUUUGCAGCUACUAUAUGUCCGAGCACCAGCUGCCCAGAGACCCUUGCAUUGAACUGACCCUUCAAUGCACUUGGCCAUUCAAGCCACCUUUUACUGUGGCAAUACAGAGCUGCAGACAGUACAGUGUCUUUAAACCCACCCACAGAAGAUAAACAGGUGAGAAUCCUUUCUGAAAAGUUGCUUCUUCCCUCCUCUUGUUAGUGAAACUUUUGCCUUUAGUUUGGGACAACGAGCGGUGUUCCUGACUCCAGCGACAGUCUGUCUCCCGAACAUGCCACUCCACAGGGUAACCUGUUAGCCUUCCUCACCCCUCAACUUGUUCUUCAGCUUUCUGUCUUUCCUGGAAAAGUGAGCUCAGUCAUGGCAAACCUACACCAUGCAGUGUUUAUUACAUGAGACCUGUUACACCUAGAAACUGCAUUGAGAAACGCAUCAUGAAGUGCUGCUAUAAAAAAACAGCUGAAGUAGACAUGAGCAAUGAGAUGUUCCAAACCUGGUCUGACAUCCAAGAAGAGACCGUAUCUCCCCCGCGGCAUUAACAUAAUACUGGAAUUGUGUAUUGUAAAUUUCUGACUUAUUUAUUUUCUAUAAAAAAAAUAAAACAUUGCAUUUCUUACAAA